AUGCCCAAUUCACCCCUUCAAGAGACUUUGCGGCGAUGUGUCCAUCUUGGAAGCGAUGUCACACUAAGUACAGAGGGAGAUGAGCUUCGCGAUACCGAGCAGCUCCUUCGAAUAAAGAGAUUGGAGCAUUCAGGAACUCAGACGCCACGUGAGAUUUCACGAUUCAACUUGGAACCGUAUGGUGUAUCUGAAAAAUAUGACCUAGGCACCGACGAAGAAUCCAAAAGCGAAAUAGAAUCGGAGCUACGUCACGUCAAGGAACAGCUGAAAGGCGCGGAAAUUUAUAUUGCUUACCUUCUGGAACGGGUAGCGACAUACAGGCAUAGAUGGCUGGAAGAUUACCACCUGCGCUGA